CGGUCGAUCGUGAUAGUUUCGCGAUUUUCAAACAGGAUUGCUUGCGACUUGUUCCGAGUGUUCGAAGCUAUCUGCACCUAGACGUACCAGUUCUUUUGAUUUCGUGCAGUGCGAAAAAUAUCUCUGCUAAGAAGAAUGGCCGCAAAGUACCGUAUUGUUAUGGUUCGCCACGGUGAAUCCGAGUGGAACCAGAAAAAUCUCUUCUGCGGAUGGUACGAUGCGAACCUGAGCGAUAAGGGCAAGGAGGAAGCCCUGGCAGCCGGUAAGGCCGUCAAGGAAGCCGGACUGAAGUUCGAUAUUGCCCACACCUCGCUGCUGACCCGCGCCCAGGUCACGCUCGACUCGAUCCUGAAGGAGUCCGGUCAAACGGCUAUUCCGAUUCAGAAGACGUGGCGUUUGAACGAGCGUCACUACGGUGGUCUGACCGGACUGAACAAGUCCGAGACGGCCGCGAAGUACGGCGAGGAGCAGGUGCUCAUCUGGCGCCGUAGCUUCGAUGUCCCGCCACCGAACAUGGAACCGGACCAUGCCUACUACGAUGCGAUCGUCAAGGACGCUCGCUACAAGGACGACCCGAAGCCGGCUGAUUUCCCGAUGGCCGAAUCGCUGAAGCUCACCAUCGCCCGUACACUGCCGUACUGGAACGAUGUCAUCAUUCCACAGCUGAAGGAGGGCAAGAAUAUCAUCAUCGCGGCGCACGGCAACAGUCUGCGCGGUAUCGUGAAGCAUCUGGACCAGAUGACCGACGAAGCUAUCAUGGGUCUGAACCUUCCCACUGGCAUUCCGUUCGUGUACGAGCUGGACGAAAACCUGAAGCCGGUGGUCUCGAUGAAGUUCUUGGGCGACGAGGAGACCGUACGCAAGGCGAUCGAAUCCGUCGCCAAUCAGGGUAAGGCCAAGUAAACGGAUGGCACUCUUGUGUACAUUUUCUUUCGACAAGCGCGAUCGCAUUCGCAUACUGUUCGAGUUCUCUUUGUCAACUCCCAAAUGUUGUUAAGGUUAGCGCUGGCCGCCGGUCAGUCUGCCAAGUCGUCGGUACCUCACUGUCUGCAAGUCACUAAUUUAUUUAUAGAAUAGCUGUUGUGUUGGGCAUAACGUACGCGACGUAUCACCAUACCGCAGGUUACGAAUCUUCGCCGUAGCGUAUUGUUAAAAAUUAUGAAGGACAUAAUAAACAUCUUUUGUUGAUUAUUCGUGGAAA